GGCAUAGGGGGUUUAACCAGAGACAGCCUGGUGUCUUGAUAUUAGAAUCAGCGGUAGAUCUAACUAGCCCAGCCAUGGACUCUGGUGUGAUAGUAGCCCUAGCUGCAGUUGGGAUAACUGUGCUAAUCUUCCUGUUUAAAGCAUUAGGAUCUCAAGGCAAUAAAAAGUUAAUUACUCUUCUGGAUCCCAAUGUCAAGUAUCCACUACCUCUUAUUGACAAACAGGAAAUUAGCCACGACACUAAACGAUUCCGAUUUGGUCUCCCUUCAUCGGAGCAUAUUUUGGGUCUCCCCAUAGGACAACAUGUCUAUCUCUCUGCAAAGGUCAAUGGGUCCCUGGUGGUCCGGGCAUACACCCCUGUGUCUAGCGAUGAAGUUAAAGGCCAUGUUGACUUGGUUGUGAAGGUUUAUUACAAAAAUGUGAACCCUAAAUUCCCAGAUGGAGGAAAAAUGUCUCAGUAUUUGGACAGUUUGAAAAUAGGAGAUACCAUCGAUUUCCGGGGUCCAAAUGGUCUUCUUGUCUACAAAGGGAAAGGCAAAUUUGCCAUCAGACCAGAUAAGAAGUCUGAACCCAAGAUUAAAUACACAAAACAUAUUGGGAUGCUUGCAGGUGGAACAGGUAUUACUCCGAUGUUGCAGUUGAUACGUCACAUUACCCAGGAUCCUAGUGAUGACACCAAGUGCUACCUCAUUUUCGCUAAUCAGACUGAAGAAGACAUUCUGUUGCGUCCAGAAUUGGAAACCGUUGCCAAGAAUCACCCUGACCAAUUUAAGCUUUGGUACACCUUGGAUCGGCCACCUACUGGGUGGAAAUACGGGUCAGGAUUUGUCACUGCCGAUAUGAUUAAAGCCCACCUGCCAUCUCUUUCCGACAAGGGUCUUGUGCUUAUGUGUGGUCCUCCUCCGAUGAUACAGUUUGCGUGUCAAGACAACCUGACCAAACUAGGCUUCCCCGAUGAUAGAAGAUUUGCCUACUAGCCCAGAUCAAGCUCUUUGUUCAUCAGAACCAAAACACCCUCUGGUGUUGCCUUCCAUCAUUCCACAAAACACUGACAGAAAAAAGGAUAUUUUAAGGUUUUUUUUUGUAAACAUUUUUUAAUUCUAGUUUUUCUAUUUUUUUA